AUGGAUUUCCAGCACCGUCCCGGAGGGAAGACGGGGAGCGGAGGCGUCGCUUCCGCCUCAGAGAGCAACAGGGACCGCCGGGAGCGGCUGAGGCAGCUGGCCUUGGAAACGAUUGACAUCAACAAGGUGGGAUUACUUGUCCCUAAAACAGGAAGUGCCACCUACCAAAAUGAGGAGUGUUUUGAGAGGAGAGCCAGUGUGGUGUAGUGGUUAAGAGCGGUAGUCUCGUAAUCUGGGGAACCGGGUUCGCGUCUCCGCUCCUCCACAUGCAGCUGCUGGGUGACCUUGGGCUAGUCACACUUCUCUGAAGUCUCUCAGCCCCACUCACCUCACAGAGUGUUUGUUGUGGGGGAGAAGGGAAAGGAGAAUGUUAGCCGCUUUGAGACUCCUUAAAGGGAGUGAAAGGCGGGAUAUCAAAUCCAAACUCUAUUUCUUCUUCUUUGCGUGCGGGAAGGCGAGGACUGGGUGCCUGUGUGGGCUUACAAGGCCCUGCUACUUGAUAUAUUAACGGGGUUAAUAUUAAUGGAGUAUAUUAAAUGAAGAGAUAAAUGUUUGGAAUGUGCACUUGCCAUGUAUGGGUGUAGCUUCGAGUUCUCCCUGCUUACCGUCAUUUCCCCCCUUUCCUCCAGGAUCCCUACUUUAUGAAAAACCACUUGGGCUCUUACGAAUGCAAGCUUUGUCUUACGUUGCACAACAACGAGGUGAGUGUUCCCUGCCCCCCACUUUUUCUGUUCUCUUUUACGCUUUCACUUCCAUCGUUGCCCCAAGAGCAACUGGAGGGCUUCAUAUCUUGCUGCUACCCGACGUAAAGGAGCUAGGUAGACCCAGAGGCCUGACUGACUCUGUGUAAGGUCAAGGUAAAGGGACCCCUGACUAUUAGGUCCAGUCGUGACCGACUCUGGGGUUGCGGCGCUCAUCUCACUUUAUUGGCCGAGGGAGCCGGCGUACAGCUUCCGGGUCAUGUGGCCAGCAGGACUAAGCCACUUCUGGCAAACCAGAGCAGUGCACAUAAACGCCGGAGCGGUACCUAUUUAUCUACUUGCACUUUGACGUGCUUUUGAACUGCUAGGUGGGCAGGAGCAGGACUGAGCAAUGGGAGCUCACCCCGUCGUGGGGAUUCGAACCGCCGACCUUCUGAUCAGCAAGCCCUAGGCUCUGUGGUUUAACCCACAGCGCCACCCGCGUCCCAACUGUGUAAGGCAGCUUCCUGCAUUUCUGUUUAAAUCAGCCAUACAUUCAAGGUCAUGAGGACUGGAAUCUUACGAGAGAGAGAGAGAGAGAGAAAGAGAGAGAGAGAGAGAGAGAUUGAGGGACAAACCGAAGCUCAUUGGCAGAGAUCUGUUUUGCACACAGAAGAUCCCGGUUCAGUCUUCAACAUCAGUAGAGCUAGGGAAAGACUCCUGUCAGAGCGGCUGCCCGUCAUUGUAGACUAGGGUUUCCCAAGACCAGCGAUCAGGGAUGGUGGGAAUUGGAGUCCUAAAACAGCUGGAGGCCCAAGUUUGGGAAGCUCUGCUGUAGAGAGUAAUGAGCUUGACCCAGUCUGUAAGGCAGCUUCCUCCAUUCCUAAAACGCGAGGGCAUCAGGCCUGUUAGACACCUUGUUUUUCUUAUUUUACGUUUUGAUUCUUCGGGUGGCUUCUAUCCUUAAUCUUAGUGCUGUCAGCCAUGUUUGUAUGGAACCAUGAGGUCUGGUGCCUUGUUUUGCUUUUAAGGAGGGCUCUGUAGCUCCAUGGUAGAGCAGCCAAGGGUCCCAGGUUCUGACCCCAGCGCCUCGAGGUGGGGCUGGGAAAAAGUCCCUGCCAGAAACAGAGAGCCACGGACAGUCAGUGUAGUCAGCAACAAGACAGUCGGUAGAGCGUGAGACCCUUAAUCUCAGUGUUGUGGGUUCAGUGUUGACCAUGUCGGUCAAAAGAUUCCUGCAUUGCAGGGGGUUGGAAUGGAUGACCCCCGUGGUCUCUUCCAACUCUACAAUGCUAUUAUUCUAUGACUCAAUAGCCAUUGGAGGCUCCAUCUUGGCUGAUGUAGUCAAUCCUGAGCCCAAGACUUUGGCCCCCUCUUCCUAAUCAAUUUGUUUCUGCCUUUCCUUCCUACAGGGAAGUUACCUGGCACACACUCAGGGGAAGAAGCAUCAGACCAAUUUGUAAGUUGCUAACUCUGAGCAUGUGCUCAUCUUUGUCUUCUUUACGCUUACUUUUAUUUAAAUCUUCCCUUUCCCUGAUAUGAGAAGCAGAAUUUCCUUACCCCCGCACUAGAGAUGGAAGAAUGCCUCCUGCUUAACAUUCUGCUUAAGCAUUCUCACCCAUUCUUAGACCAGGGAUGGGGAGCCUGUGGCCUUGCAGAUACUGCUGGAAGAAUGCCUCAGUUUAUAAGAGGCAUUCCCUCUCUUCUUCUUAGACCAGUCAUGGGGAAACCAGAGGUUGCACUCCAGCCCCCAGCAGUCAGCACAGGCCAAUGGGAUUUGGAGUCCGGCAUUAUCUCGGGGCCUACAGGUGUUUCCCAAACACUGGCAUAGAUUUAUUCUGUAGGGCUUCUGUGUCCAUAGAAGGAGGGGGAAUGUUCAUUGCUCAAGUCGGCUUUUAAAGAUAGCUGGAAGCAGCUGCAAUGGUUUGAAAACUGGGCAUUGGAUUGGCUACUGUGAGAACAGAGUGUUGGGUUGAAUGGGCCCCAGUUGGCCAAGACAGAUAAACUAUGGAACUCCCUGUUGCAGGAGCCAGUUUGGAAGGCUUUAAAAGAGAACAGGACUAAUUCAUGGAGAGUGGGCUGUCAAUGGCUACUAGCCACAAGAGCCAUGCUCUGCCUUCACAGUGAGGCGCAACAGUGCUUCUGAAUCACAGUUACUGGAAGUCACAGGACUGGCAAGUGCUUUUGUGCUAGAAUCUUGUUUGCGGGUUUCCCACUGGCCUGAUCCACCAGUGCGCUCCUUAAAUUCUCUUCUGGUGUUCUUCACUUGCUGUCACUGUGGGGUAAGGGACGUCCUGAGAAGCUGGAAAUGCUCCUUGCUUGAAAUGUGGCAAGGAAGGCCAUGUGCCUCUUCUGGCAGACAUGCAGCCUUUGGGGCAGCUGAGGAAGGUAUCCUUUAGACAGCCCUCCUCCACACAAUCAUAAGCUUUCCUCCCAUGGCAGUUCAGAGAAAGCGUCUGCCUUCUCUAAAAAGACAAGUGUGCUUUUGUUUCUUUGGUAUACACAGUCACAGGGAAAAGAAAGCACAGCCUCUUUGAAUUCUCUGGUUCUACAUAUCAAGGCGUAAUAAUCUUCUGCUCCUUAAGGUAAAGGUAAAGGGACCCCUGACCGUUAGGUCCAGUCACGGACAACUCUGGGGUUGCGGCGCUCAUCUCGCUUUAUUGGCUGAGGGAGCCAGCAUACAGCUUCCAGGUCAUGUGGCCAGCAUGACUAAGCCGCUUCUGGCGAACCAGAGCAGCGCACGGAAACGCCGUUUACUUCCUGCCAGAGCGGUACCUAUUUAUCUACUUCCACUUUGAUGUGCUUUCGAACUGCUAGUUUGGCAGGAGCUGGGACCAAGCAAUGGGAGUUCACCCCGUCACAGGGAUUCGAACCGCCAACCUUCUGAUUGGCAAGUCCUAGGCUCUGUGGUUUAACCCACAGCGCCACCUGCGUACCUCCUUAGCAGGUCUUAAAAUUAGGUAAAUGCAACCUCAGAUGAACAACAGCACAUCACAUAUUACACCAUGUCGUUUAUUUAAGAGAAAUAAACCCAAAAUGGAGAAGCCACGUGUGAAAAACUGAGUACACUCUUACGGCUUCCAUAGGAAUUUAGAGGCUAAGUUGCUGACACGGGCUGCUAAUGAAAUGCCCUUUCUUAAUUGAUCACCUGCCAGUGCGCCCACCUCAAGAAAAGCCGAAGUUCUGGCAGUUUGAUGGUCUGGAGCAUUCAGGUGUGUUAUGACACAAGGCCGAGGAAGAAAGAUAUCAGCAAUGCUCUUAGAGAAACAGUUUCUAAACAGUAAGAUAAACAGUAAGAGCUGUUCGACAGUGGAAUUUGCUGCCAAGGAGUGUGGUGGAGUCUCCUUCUUUGGAGGUCUUUAAGCAGAGGCUUGACAACCAUAUGUCAGGAGUGCUCUGAUGGUGUUUCCUGCACUGCAGGGGGUUGGACUCGAUGGCCCUUGUGGUCUCUUCCAACUCUAUGAUUCUAUGCUGCCGCCUAUGAAACUGGGAUGGGCUAUAAGGCCAUCUGCGACCAAUUUAAAACCCAUCAUUCUACAGUGAGAAAGAUUACUCAAAAGUGGGAAACAUUCAAGACAGCUGCCAGUCUUCCCAGGAGUGGACGCCCCAGCAAAUUCACCCCAAGGUCAGACCGUGCGGUGCUCAGAGGAAUUGCAAGAAAUCCAAGAGUUUCAUCUACUACUAGCAUGUUAAAUGUUAAACAUUCAUGGCAGAACAAGUGUGGUUUGUCUGGAAGGGUUGCCAGGAGGAAAGCCUCUUUUCUCCAAAAAGAACAUGGCAGCACGACUGAGGUUUGCAAAGUUGCGUUAAGACUUCUGGAACAAAAGUCGACUGGGGGAGGUUAGUGUGUCUGGCAGAAAAAUAAUUAAGCAAGUGUCAACGGUAGAGAGCUUCCUACGAAAACAUCCUGCAUCCCCCCUCUUCUUCCCCCUGGAGUUAUUUAAAAGCUGUUUUCUCUCUCCCCCACUCCUCUUUCUUGUUUUAAAGAGCUCGCCGAGCAGCUAAGGAAGCCAAAGAGGCCCCCGCCCAACCCGCCCCUGAGAAGGUCAAAGUCGAGGUGAAGAAGUUUGUGAAAAUCGGCCGGCCGGGUUACAAAGGUAGUGCCCCGCUCUCUCCUUGGGGCUCCGUUUUCCUCCCUUUCCAGAUAAGGCUAACAGUGUCUGCUAGCCAGAGUGGCGAGGCAGCAGCGCUUUUGGGUAUCAGCCGCUGGAAGCAGCAGGACAGGGAGAGGGCUACUGUGUUCAAAUCCUGAUCGUGUGUUUCCCAGAAGAGGCAUCGGGCUGGCCUCUGUGAGGACAGGGUUCUGGGCUGGAUAGCCCAUUGGCCUGAUCCUGCAGGCCUUUCUGAUGUUCAGGUCCUGGCAGGCCACCUAGACCACUUUGUAUCUGUUGUGAUAAAUUGGGGGGGCUGUGUUUGUGUGUGAACACACUUUAAUGGCAUUUCUGCCACCUGGCAGUCCUGAUUCUGCAGCCAGGUUCCGUUACACAAACACUGUUCCUCUGCGUGUUUUUCUUUGUUAUCAUCCAAAACGGUUAGAAGUCCAUAUCGCUAUAUCAGUUUCAUAAUUUUGGGCCUGGCGAUAUAUUACAAAUUGUGAUGUGUGUGCGAGUGUGUUUGAUAUGCAAAAUCACAAUGUGGGGAAAACUGUGAAGCCAGCCAAUGCCUCUACAUAGCUCCAUCCUUAUAUCAGACAUUGUGAUGUAUCAGUAUAGCACAAUGUUUAGCUAGUGAUAUAUCACAAUGUUAAAAGUUAGAUCCCUCCCAGCCCUAGUUGGUGCUGACUUUAAAAGUCCUAAACGGCCUCGGCCCAGUAUCCCUGAAGAAGCGUCUCCACCCCCACUGUGGUCUAGCUCCGAGGGCCUUCUGGCGGUUCCCUCCCUGUGAGAAGUGAGAUUACAGAUCACCAGGCAGAGGGCCUUCUUAGUAGUGGCACCCGCCCCGUGGAACGCCUUCCCGUUCGAUGUCAAGGAGAUAAACAACUGUGACUUUUAGGAGAUACCGGGAGGCAGCCCGGUAUCGUUUGAUAUUUUUAAUUAUGUUUUUAGAUAUGCUGUAAGCCACCCAGUCAGAUGGGCAGGGUAUAAAUAAUAAAAUAAUAAUAAUAAUAGUUACUUAUUCUGAGUAAUGGGGACAGGCAAGGAUCCUCAAGAAAGUCUGAUGUCUCAGGUACGAGCAAGCAGUGCUGUGCACUUUCCGAAGUGCACUCAUGAGGUCUAGAAUCUUCACUGUCCAUUUUUAAGGCGGAAGCUGGGUGCGCUCCUUUCAGGAACACACAGCCCCAAAGCCAAUGCGCCCUGUGCUUCUUUACAAAGCCAUACUAACCUCCACCUUGCCUGCUUUUUUUGUCCUUCAGUGACCAAACAGAGGGAUCCAGAGAUGGGUCAGCAGAGCCUCCUCUUCCAGGUAUCUUCAUCUACCUGUUACCUCGCAGUGACUUUGAUGUCGCCAGGGCAAAACCAUCCCCUGUUGCCUAUGUGACUUAAGACAGCUUAUUAAUUCUGAAAUAUUUUUGUCCACCCCACUUCCCCUCCUCCCUCCUUGUCCCUGACUCUGGGAAUAGCCAGUGUGGUGUAGUGAUUAGAGCAGGGGUUCGCAAAGUGGGUGGGACUGCCCCCAGGUGGUUGUGGUGGGAUUACCUGGGAGCUCGCUAAGGGGCGAGGGUGCUGCUGGAGGUGUAAAUUACUAUCAGACUUUGGAAAACUGGUAUCGCUGGAUCAAGCGGAUCAAUUUUGUUGAAUUAACCUAAGUAGUUUUAAUUGGAUUUUUGAACAAACGGGCAAUUAAUGGUUACUGCUUUGAAUUUUUUCGCCUUAUUAUCUUUCAUAGUGGGUUUUGCGAACCACUAUUCUGAAAAAUAGGGACGUGGGUGGCGCUGUGGGUUAAACCACAGAGCCUAGGACUUGCCGAUCAGAAGGUCGGCGGUUUGAAUCCCCGCAACGGGGUGAGCUCCCGUUGCUCGGUCUCAGCUCCUGCCUACCUAGGAGUUCGAAAGCACGUCAAAGUGCAAGUAGAUAAAUAGGUAACGCUCCGGCGGGAAGUAAACGGCGUUUCCAUGCGCUGCUCUGGUUCGCCAGAAGCGGCUUAGUCCUGCUGGCCACAUGACCCGGAAGCUGUUCGCCGGCUCCCUCGGCCAAUAAAGCGAGAUGAGCACCGCAACUCCAGAGUUGUCCGUGACUGGACCUAAUGGUCAGGGAUCCCUUUACCUUUAUUCUGAAUAAUGUUCUUUAUAUGGUGGGGAUGAGUUGAUGGAUCCAAGGGGACAGUGCCCCCCCCAAAGAAAGUUUGUGAAUCACUGGGUUAGAGUGUCAAUCUUAAGACCAGGGGAGACACCAGGGUUCAAGUCCCCACACAAGCAAGAAGCCUACUGGGUAACCUUGUGGGGGAGGACCACCUCGCAGGAUUGUUGUAGGGAUUAAAUGAGGAGGAAAACACUCUAGUAUCGUUUAUUCCAUUUAUUCCAUUCAUAUGCAGGCCUUUAUCAAAAGAUCUCAGGGCGGUGUACAACCUUGGAAACACAUUGCAAAAUAUAAAUAAGAAAAACAUAAUUAAAACCUAGAUAAAAAGCAUAGUGACAGAAAUCCUAAUAACAAAAUAGUCAUCACAAAACAGCCCCCCCCCAUACACAUUUACAGGCUAUGAAUUAUUUAAUGGCCACAGGCCUGGGUAAAGAGAAAUAUUUUUGCUUGGCGUCUAAAGGCAUGUGUAAUAAUUAUAGGGGUUGCUCGUGCGUAAGUUGGUGCCACUCCUGGCUAGGUUGCCUGGUUAAACCUUUUCUGUCUGGACAGCCCUUCCCUUCGUGGCUGUUUCAGUCGCUAGCAGAAUCCGUCAGUGGGCGUUUCUUAAACCUUUUCCAGCAUAAAAGCUGUUUGACUCCAAGUCUCCUCCUACUCUCCCUGCGCAGAAGUCUUCUGCGCAGGGAGGGUGUGGGUAGCGGAGGACCCGUGCUCUCCCCUCUGGUCUCCGGCAAGGAGUCCUGGAGCCCCCUCGCCGAUUCCCCCAUCUGCCCCCCUUUAUCCCUGGUGUUACGCUGAUUUCCUUCCCCAGCUGAUGAGCUGCCUCUCUCCCUGCUGGGCCCCUCUCCAGCAUCACUUGGGAGCCUUGCCUCCGCCUCUGGCUCCGAUGUCAGUUCCCUGACAGCAUGUAAUGAUGGCACCAGGUGGGCUUCUCUGGGGAGAGCAUGCCACAAAAGGGGAGCCACCACAGAAAAGGCCCCGUUCUUGUGUUGCCACAUUUCAGCCCUCAUGAGGAGGAGGCACAGGAAGAAGGGCCCCAGACGAUGAUUGCAGGGUCUGGCUGGUUCAUAUGGGGAGACGCAGUCCCCCGUAUGUAUAGGUGUGUGAGUGUAUUUAUGUGCAAAGAUAAAGGUUUGGGGAGCCACCACAGAAAAGGCCCUGAGCCUUUUGGAGAAAAAGGUGGAAUACGAGCACCAUCUGUCGAUAAAUGCAUAUUCCUUGUUGACGUGGGGAGCAAUUCCUAAAUCCAGCAAACAAAUUUAAUGGCGCAGAUCGAUUACCCGGAGAUCGCCGAGAGCAUCAUGCCCAGACAUCGUUUUAUGUCCGCAUAUGAGCAGAGGAUUGAACCCCCCGACCGGCGCUGGCAGUAUCUGCUGAUGGCAGCAGAGCCCUACGAGACCAUCGCUUUCAAGGUGAUCGGUGCCUCUACUAUCCUCUUUGUUUAGUAGGCCGUAUACUGUAUUUUUCGCGCCAUAAGACACACCUUUUCCCUCCUAAAAAGUAAGGGGAAAUGUCUGUGCGUCUUAUGGAGCGAAUGUGUGGUCGCUCGCUGGCUCCCUUUCCGGCCCCAGCCCCUUGCCCAGGACUCCAUUGUAGAAUAUUCUGCAGACGGAGGUUGUUUGUUUCCCCAGCGACAUGUGACUGGCUGAUUAGAUGAUCUGUCUGGAAACUGUAGAAACUGCUCCCUUUCCUUUCCUAAAGAAGCUGCAGAACAGUGAGUUGAACCCCAUAAAAACAGGAUUUUUUCCCUUUGCAAAGUAAGCUCGACAACUUUGAGCUGAUCCUCAAAAAAGGAGGCUUUUCCCCUUUGCAAAAGAAGCUGCACAACUGUGAGCUAAUCCCCAAAAAACAGGGCUUUUCCCCUUUCCUCCUCUAAAAACUAGGCACGUCUUAUGAUCAGGUGCGUCUUAUGGAGCGAAAAAUACGGUAUUUUAAAAAAUAAAAAGUGGGGAAGACCUGGGUGCGAGAAACAAAAUUCGACUUGGAAUUUCAAAAGUGGAACUGGGUUUUUUAUUCCGAGACUUGUGCGGAACCAGAGAGGGGCUGCUUUGCCCUGGGUGGAAGAAGCUUAUACCUGACACGGAAGAAGCAUUUAGUAUAUGACAGUUUCCGACAUCCUGAAAGCCCCCCUGGCCGCAAACGUGCGAGGUUGGGCUGUUUGGCUGAGGGUGAGUGCCGAAACGAGGUUCUAGGAGGCAAGAUGGGAAACCCUGGGGGACUUUUUCUAGCUUGGCAGUUGAUUUAUGUACGGUUGGUUAGAGCAUGGUGCUGAUAAUGCCAAGGUUGCAGGAUCGAUCCCCGUACGGGACAGCGACAUAUUCCUGCAUUGCAGGUGGGUGGACUAGAGAAUUCUCUUUUUUAAAAAAUAAAUAAAUUUUUAUUAGUUUUUUUAACAUACCAUUUUCAACAGUAAUUAAACAUACUUUUACAUCUUAUUCAGGUUUUUUUUUUUUACUUCCAUCAAUCACAUCUGAAAAUUUUCCAAUCUAUUCACUUAAUAUACAUUUUUUACUUUCACUUUCACAUUUAAAUCUCAUAACUAAUAUCUCUAUUCUUUCUCUAGUUGGCAAUGUUUCAUAUAUUUCCCCUUACAAAACUUCAUGUAGUCCUACUAGCAUAAUUUGUUGAUUACAGUUGCUUUCAGAUAGUUCGUAUAUUUCUUCCAAUCUUCUGUAAAUCUCUGGUCGCGCAGGUUUCGAAAUCUUCCUGUCAUUUUAUCUAAUUCUGCGGACUAGAAAACUCUCAGGGUCCCUUCGAACUCUACAAUGGCGUGAUUCUAACUUCUACAGUUAAAAUGGCUGAUUAAAUCAGAUGUCCAAAACAAGUUUUAAAAACCUACCAGCGUGCAGAUAGCGUUAUAUUCUGCUGUUCUAUGCGCUUUGGCUAAGCGAUAGACAUUCUUACUAACGCUUUCCCUCUGCCCAGGUGCCAAGCAGGGAGAUUGACAAAGCCGAGGGCAAGUUCUGGACCCACUGGAACCGGGAAACGAAGCAGGUAAGUGGGGUCUGGGGGGGGGGGGAGCAGGGCUGGGAGGGUCUGGAGCCACUGGCCACCACCAUCCUAACCUGGGCAUCCAAGCAGUGCUGCUCUGACUCUUCAGGAUUUGGGAUUUGCGGGAGAGAGAACCUUCCCUGGAGAUGCAAUAAUCUGUAAACAGACCCCUGUGUUGCAACACAGUGGUACCUCGGGUUAAGUACUUAAUUCGUUCCGGAGGCCCGUUCUUAACCUGAAACUUUUCUUAACCUGAAGCACCACUUUAGCUAAUGGGGCCUCCCACUGCUGCGCGAUUUCUGUUCUCAUCCUGAAGCAAAGUUCUUAACCCGGGGUACUAUUUCUGGGUUAGCGGAGUCUGUAACCUGAAGCGUAUGUAACCCGAGGUACCACUGUAUAGACAAGCUGAACAAAAUAACACAACACGAUGGCCAGUAUCAAUGGCACUAAACACUAUUUAUAGGCUAAUACAAAUGAUCAGAAUUUGCAACCAAAGUUUCUAAAUCUUCUUCACCAGUUGCGGUAGAAUAAUUCAAAAGUUUGAUAUAUGCAUAAUUUGUCACCAAAUAUCGCCGGAACAGAGUUUCCGGAUAACCAAUCUGUUUUGUUCAGCCAAUCUUUAUCAAUUCUUCAUCAGCCAGGCUUGUAAGAAUUAAUGUGAGAAGGAUGCAAUUCAAUUUCUUAACAAGCUGAAAUUACAAUAUACAUGCGAUAAAACCUGCGCCUGUAUAAAAUAGAAUGCAUAAUAUAUACAACUAAGAUGCAUACCCGAUCUUACAUGUAAACAUAAACACUGUAGAAAAUAUGCUCUGGAUCAUAUGAUACUGUAGUCACUGAUGCUGGUAACAAAUUGUAAAGAACAUAAUAUAGUUAGCCACCGGUGAAACUAAUAUACUGUAAGGGAAUUUAAAGACACAGCACAACAUCUGACAACCAGAUGAAAACAGUACCCCAUCCAAGUCAGUGGAUCAUGGCAGAUAAUGCAAUUAAAUAAAACAAUGAAAAUCUAACUCAGAAUUCAAUCCCCCCAGAUGAACAUCUGCAUGUUCAACUCUGUUCAUCUGGGGGGAUUGAAUUGAUAAAGAUUGGCUGAUGAAGCACUGAACGAAACAGACUGGUUAUCCGGAAACUCUGUUCCGGUGAUAUUUGGUGACAGAUUAUGUAUGUAUCGAACUUUUGAAUUAUUCUACCCCGGCUGGUGAAGAAGAUUUAGAGACUUUGGUUGCAAUUUCUGAUUGUUUGUAUUAGUCUACAGGUGAAACUCGAAAAAUUAGGAUAUCGUGGAAAAGUUCAUUUAUUUCAGUAAUUCAACUUCAAAGGUAAACUAAUAUAUGAGAUAGACUCAUGACAUGCAACGCGAGAUAUGUCAAGCCUUUAUUUGUUAUCAUUGUGAUGAUCAUGGCGUACAGCUGAUGAAAACCCCAAAUUAACAGUCUCAGAAAAUUAGAAUAUUAAAUGAAAUCAGCAAAACAAGGACUGCAAAUAGAGCAGUAUUGGACCUCUGAGAAGCAGAAGCAUGCAUAUGUACUCAGUACUUGGUUUGGGCCCCUUUUGCAUCAAUUACUGCCUCAGUGCGGCGUGGCGUGGAUGCUAUCAGCCUGUGGCACUGCUGAGGUGUUAUGGAAGACCAGGAUGCUUCAACAGCAGCCUUCAGCUCUUCUGCAUUAUUCUUUUCCACAAUAUUCUAAUUUUCCGAGUUUCACCUGUGUAAAUAGUGUUUAGUGCCCUUGUUAUUGGCCAUCCUGUUGUGUUAUUUUGCUUCCCUGGAGAUGGAGCCUGGGACCACUAAGCGCCAGAGCCGUGUCCUCUUUGAACGUCCAUCCGCUGGUACCCAGUGGCUCCUAUAUUCGUGGCGGAGAGGCUGCUGUCUCAGGCUUCUGAUCUCAGUUGCUGGAAACCACGGGAGGGGGAGUUGCUCCUGCGUUCGAAUUCUGCUGGUGGGCUUUGCAGAAGAGGCAUCUGAUUGGCCAGAACAGGAUUCUGGACUAAGCCACGCUCUCCUACUCUUGAUGGUAACUCUCUCUCUCUUCCUCUCUCCUCUCCCAGUUCUUCCUGCAGUUCCAUUUCAAGAUGGAGAAGCCCCCAGCCCCGCAGAGCAUCCCUGCCGGGCCGGCCACCGUCAAGAGGCCCCCGCCGCCCCCGCUCAUGAACGGCCUGCCCCCCCGCCCCCCGCUCCCGGACUCCCUCCCCCCGCCUCCCCCCGGAGGGAUCGCCAUGCCCCCCAUGCCGCCCCCCACGGGGCCCGUCCCCAUGCCCCCGGGCCCACCGCAGCUCCCGCCAGCUCCCGGCGUCCCUCCCCCCGCCCCCCUGCCCCCCAUGCUGAGACCCCCGCUUCCCACAGAAGGGCCCGGCAGCAUCCCCCCACCGCCCCCCACCAGCUGA